AUGGAGCACACUGCUCAAAUGGCGAAUAUUAUAAACAGAGCACGGAUUAAACAGCGCUCUCUUGUCAUCACUCUCCUUGACCUUAAGAAUGCUUUUGGUGAAGUUCAUGACAACUUAAUUCAAUCUACACUUGAAUAUCAUCAUAUUCCUGACAACAUCAAAAAUGUUAUCAAAAGUUUAUAUACUGAUUUUAAAACUUCCGUGAUAACUUCUGAAUUCCGCACUCCGUUCAUAACUGUUGGCCGUGGUGUGCUACAAGGCAAUUGUCUUAGGUUCUCUGCUGUUGAACAUUUGCUUGAAUACUUUCAUUCAGCACAUAAAAGCUGA